CAAUGGAUUAUAAACUUCGAACAGAAACGAGCACAACGUAAUGACUAAAGAGGGUUAGUGAUGUCACCCAUUGAUUGUCACCCAUUUGAAGAGGUGUUAUGAAGACCAAAGAUGGUGAAUACCAUACUAGAAAUGUUGACUCCAAUGAACUUUUGGCUGAUCUAGAAAAAGGAUCGAGGUAGAGUUAAGGUAGGCAGGAUAAAUCUUGGAUCUUGACCAGAUUUCGCAAAUCAACCCUGUCCCUAAUUGGGGCCUUAUUAUGCGUAAUUCUUCACCUUAAAAAAAUUCAUCCCCAAACUGUUUUACCAAUAAAUGAAUGGACUAUAGAGACUCAAACAUUUUUGAACCAGGCUGUAAAUAUGUUUAUUUCUACCAAAUUAAGAUGACUGAUUCUCUCUCACCUUUUCCAUCUCUGCUGUGUCUCCACUCCCCACUUUCUCGCUCUUAGCUGUAAGUAAAUUCAAGUACAGGAGAAUCAGGAUGAAAAGAUGGCAACCCUGCUGUUACCAACGGGUCCUGAUGGCUUGCGGCGGUUCACUCGCGAAUCCUUGGCUGCGCUCGAGCAGCGGAUUGCGGAGGAGCAGGCCAAGAACGCCAAGGAUUGCCAUGAAGCUCACAGGAACGCAGAGCCACCCAAACCCAGGAUGGACAUGGAGGCAGGCAAGCAGCUGCCGCGAAUCUUCGGCGACAUCCCUACAGAACUCAUUGGGGUGCCACUGGAGGACAUCGAUCCGUUUUACUACAAGAACCAGAGGACGUUUAUAGUAUUGAACAAAGGGAAAGCCAUCUUCAGAUUCAGCUCCACAUCUGCACUUUACAUAUUUUCUCCUUUUCACUUCAUCAGAACAAUAGCCAUCAAAGUAUUAGUCCAUUCAUUAUUUAGCCUGUUCAUAAUGUUCACUAUCCUCACCAACUGUUGCUUCAUGGCCAUGUCGGAUCCGGCCCCCUGGACAAAGUACCUGGAGUACACUUUCACUGGUAUUUACACGUUUGAGUCAGCGAUAAAGAUAUUUGCGAGAGGAUUCUGCAUAGUACCGUUCACCUUCCUGAGAGAUCCAUGGAACUGGUUGGACUUCUCCGUCAUCGUCAUGGCAUAUGUGACAGAGUUUAUAGACCUUGGAAACGUCUCUGCAUUAAGAACCUUCAGAACCAUCGUCGGCGCUCUGAUCCAGUCUGUGAGGAAGCUGGCCGACGUGAUGAUCCUCACUGUCUUCUGUCUCAGCGUGUUCGCCCUCAUCGGCCUGCAGCUCUUCAUGGGGCUGCUCCGACAGAAGUGCAUCCGCAGCCUCUCACACUGCAUCAACUCCUCCUACAGCGCCAACGAUUCCUUCAUCUGCAACAACAGAAGCUGGAGCUCCAGAGAUGACUUCCUCACCAAUGAAGGUGAGCUGAGAAGUGACUGGUCCUCAGAAAAAUACCUUUGAACUCUUUUUUCUUCCUCUCCUCUAGAUAACUUUUACAAAGUUGAAGGAGCAAAGGAUGCCUUAAUAUGUGGAUAUGGAAGUGAUGCAGGGAAGUGUCCCGAUGGAUUUGACUGCCUCAAAGUAGGAAGGAAUCCAAACUAUGGCUACACCAGUUUUGAUUCGUUCGGCUGGGCUUUCCUGGCCCUCUUCAGACUCAUGACACAAGACUACUGGGAGAAACUCUUUCACCAGACACUGCGCUCUGCAGGAAAGACCUACAUGGUUUUCUUUGUGCUGGUGAUCUUCCUGGGCUCCUUCUACCUGGUCAACCUCAUCCUGGCUGUGGUAGCCAUGGCUUAUGAGGAGCAGAAUCAGGCAACCAUCGCUGAGGCCUGGCAGAAGGAGAGGGAGUUUCAGCUGGCCAUGGAGCAUCUUCGCAGAGAACAAAGAUUGGCAGCAAAAAGACUAGCACAGGAGACAGACUCUGUGUUGUCCCCAGAGAUGUCUCCGUUCUGUCUGAAAGCAGCAGGAAGUAUACGACGGAGCAGCAGCAGAAGAAGAAGAUCGCACAGGAUGCUGUCGGAGGAAACACCUGAGGAAGCUGCUGAGGAAAAGUUUGACCCACUGGAUGAGCCAAUGCCUCCACUGUCUCCCCUUCCCGCCCACCCUCUGCUGGCCACGCUCUCCUCUCACCCCCUCAGCACCAGGAGAGGAAGCCAAGUCAGCAUCUUCAGCUCUUUCAGGGUACGUAACAACUCAGAGGCCGACUUCGGGGAUGACGAGUACAGCAUUCAUGGCGACGCCUUCAGGAGUCGCACCAGUUCAACAGCCACACCCUGGAAGAGACGGACGGGCAGCGUGCGGAGCCACUGCUCCCAAAUCUUCACCACCAACCUCAACAUCAACGGCCGACUCAACAUCUCCCUGGACCAGAAUGGAGUCACCACUACAGGACUUCAUACUCCUACCUACUUACCGGCUUACAGCAUGGAGAGGGUCAGGGAGGAUACAACGCCCUUCAGUACAGAGGAAACAGUCCCCAAACCAAUCCUCCAGCCUUCCCCAUCUGUGACUGAGCCUCGUCCAGUGACCAGGAAGAGAGGCCUGAGCUCCGUCAGCUUUCUAAGUGAGGCCAUGGAAGAGCUGCAGGAGUCGAGGCAGAAGUGUCAUCCCUGCUGGUUAACUUUCGCCAAGAAGUACCUGAUAUGGGACUGCUCCCCCUGGUGGCUGAAGAUAAAGGAGUGGGUGAAGUUCAUGGUGAUGGAUCCCUUCCUGGACUUGGGUAUCACCAUUUGCAUUGUGCUGAACACCCUGUUCAUGGCCCUGGAGCACUACCCCAUGACAGAGGAGUUCAACACCAUGCUCUCAGUGGGAAAUCUGGUGUUUACCGGGAUCUUUACAGCUGAGAUGGUGUUCAAGUUGAUUGCUAUGGACCCUUACUAUUACUUCCAACAGGGCUGGAAUAUUUUUGAUGGCGUCAUUGUUUGCCUCAGUCUGAUGGAGUUGGGUCUCUCCAAUGUGGAGGGGCUAUCUGUCCUGAGAUCCUUCAGACUGUUGCGAGUUUUCAAGCUGGCCAAAUCCUGGCCGACUCUCAACACUCUCAUCAAGAUCAUCGGCAACUCUGUGGGCGCUCUGGGGAACCUGACGCUGGUGCUGGCCAUCAUCGUCUUCAUCUUCGCUGUGGUGGGCAUGCAGCUGUUUGGAAAGAACUACCAGGACUGUGUGUGUAAGAUCUCCAUCGACUGCCAGCUGCCUCGCUGGCACAUGAAGGACUUCUUCCACUCGUUCCUCAUUGUGUUCAGGGUGCUGUGCGGCGAGUGGAUCGAGACCAUGUGGGAUUGUAUGGAAGUGGCCGGGCAGCCUCUCUGUAUCCUGGUGUUCAUGUUGGUCAUGGUCAUAGGGAACUUAGUGGUGCUGAAUCUUUUUCUGGCCCUGCUGCUCAGCUCCUUCAGCUCCGACAACCUCUCUGCUCCAGACGAAGACGGUGACCUGAACAACAUCCAGAUCGCCAUCGCCCGUAUAAAUGCCGGCGUCUCCUGGCUCGCCACGAACAUCUCAAACCUCUUUAACCGGAGCUUAAAGCGCAAAAAGCAGAUUGAAAAGGAAGCAAGUUUGGUCAUCAAGCCAGUUGGAAAUCACGUCGAAAGCAAUGGGGGAGUAUUUGGAUGCUAUGUAGAGAAAUACAUCAUACCAGAGGAGGACAGCUACAUAACGAACCCAAACUUGACCGUUAUUGUACCCAUCGCACCCGGAGAGUCCGAUGUGGAGUUUCUCGAGGAGGAGGAGGAGAUUUCUGAGUCUUCGGAGGAUGAAGACAAGGAGCAGAUCAGCCUAUCAGAGGGCAGCACGGUGGAUCUGAGGAAGCCUGGAGAAGAGUUGGACAACUUCUCAGAGCUGGAUGAAGAGAGUAUGGAGCCGGACGAAUGCUUCCCAGAAUUUUGCAUGAGGCACUGUCAGUGCUGUCGCAUCGACACCAGUCAUGGUCUGGGCCAGGCCUGGUGGAGGCUGCGGAAGACCUGUUACCAAAUCGUGGAGCACAGCUGGUUCGAGACCUUCAUCAUCUUCAUGAUCCUGCUAAGCAGCGGAGCCCUGGCGUUUGAAGAUAUCUACAUCGAGAGGAGAAAAGUGGUGAAGUUGGUGCUGGAGUCCGCUGAUAAAGUCUUCUCUUACAUCUUUGUGCUGGAGAUGUUCCUCAAGUGGAUCGCAUAUGGCUUCAAGAAAUAUUUCACCAACUACUGGUGCUGGCUUGACUUUCUUAUUGUUGACAUGUCCACAGACCGCUCUAUUUUUAGGGUGUCCUUGAUAAGCCUGGUAGCAAACUCACUGGGAUAUUCAGACUUUGCUGCGAUCAAGUCACUGAGGACGCUGCGAGCUUUAAGACCCCUCAGAGCUCUGUCCAGAUUUGAGGGCAUGAGGGUGGUUGUGAACGCUCUAAUAGGAGCCAUCCCCUCCAUCAUGAACGUGCUGCUGGUGUGUCUUAUCUUCUGGCUCAUCUUUAGUAUCAUGGGCGUCAAUCUGUUCGCUGGCAAGUUUGGGAAGUGUGUGAACAGAACAGGUUUCGUCCACAACAUCUCUAUCAUCAACAACAAGUCUGAUUGUCUCAACAUGAAUGACACCCAGUUCUACUGGACCAAAGUGAAGGUCAACUUUGACAACGUGGGACUUGGUUACCUUUCCCUUCUGCAAGUGGCUACAUUCAAAGGAUGGAUGGAAAUAAUGCAUGCAGCUGUUGAUUCAAGAGGAGUGGAGGAACAGCCAAUCAGAGAAAUCAACCUCUACAUGUACCUCUACUUUGUCGUCUUCAUCAUAUUCGGCUCCUUCUUCACCCUCAAUCUCUUCAUUGGUGUCAUUAUUGACAAUUUUAACCAGCAGAAAAGAAAGAUGAGUGGACAGGAUAUCUUCAUGACGGAAGAACAGAAGAAGUACUAUAAUGCUAUGAAGAAAUUGGGAUCUAAAAAACCCCAAAAGCCAAUACCAAGGCCUGCGAACUCUCUCCAAGCUUUCUUCUUUGAUCUCGUGUCCAAGCAAGCCUUCGACAUCAUGAUCAUGAUGCUCAUCAUCAUCAACAUGGUCACCAUGAUGGUGGAAACUGAUGAGCAGUCGGAGCGCAUGGAGUCCAUCCUCAACAAGAUCAACCUGGUCUUCAUUGUGAUCUUCACCGCCGAAUGCCUGAUCAAGAUCAUUGCCCUUCGUUGUUAUUUCUUCACAGUUGCAUGGAACAUCUUUGAUUUUGUGGUGAUUAUUCUCUCUAUUGUAGGGAUUGUUCUUGCAGACAUUAUAGAGAAGUACUUUGUAUCUCCGACCCUGUUUCGAGUCAUCAGACUGGCAAGGAUAGGACGUGUACUUCGACUAAUACGUGCAGCCAAAGGAAUAAGGACUCUACUGUUUGCCUUAAUGAUGUCCAUGCCAGCUCUGUUCAACAUUGGCCUCCUUCUUUUCCUUGUCAUGUUCAUUUAUGCUAUAUUUGGUAUGGCAAACUUUGCCUAUGUGAAAAAACAAGAUGGGGUUGAUGACAUGUUUAACUUUGAGACCUUUGGGAAUAGUAUGAUCUGUCUUUUUCAGAUCAGCACCUCGGCAGGUUGGGACAACCUACUGAGUCCUAUAAUGUCCAACUCCCCAGAGGAGUGUGAUGUUAACUUUGUCAAUACUGGCACCAACACCCGUGGAAACUGUGGCAGCCCCUCUGUCGGCAUUGCUUUCUUUGUCAGUUAUAUAAUAAUUUCUUUCCUUAUCGUGGUAAAUAUGUACAUAGCUAUCAUUCUGGAGAAUUUCAGUGUAGCCACAGAGGAGAGUACAGAGCCACUGAGCGAGGACGACUUUGAAAUGUUUUAUGAGGUCUGGGAGAAGUUUGAUGUUGAGGCCACACAGUUUAUUGAGUUCUCCAUGCUGUCGAUCUUUGCUGACACUUUGUCCGAGCCUCUGCGCAUCGCCAAGCCCAACAGGAUCAAGCUGAUCUCAAUGGAUCUCCCCAUGGUCAGUGGGGAUCGGAUCCACUGCCUGGACAUCCUGUUUGCCUUCACAAAGCGAGUCCUGGGAGAGUCUGGCGAGAUGGAUGCCCUCAAGCAGCAAAUGGAGGAAAAGUUCAUGAUGACCAACCCCUCCAAGAUUUCCCAUGAGCCUAUCACGUCCACACUGCGCCGCAAACUGGAGGAGGUGUCUGCGAUCAUCAUCCAGAGGUGUUACAGGAGGCAUCUGGUGCGCCGGCAGAUGAAGCAUGCAUCCUACCUCUACAGACAGAUCAACUUCGAGACUGUGGUGGAUGUGGAGAAUGCUCCGGAAACAGAGGGCCUGAUAGCCUCUUUGUUUCAGCACUAUGGACCUGUGGGGCCUGAGACUGAAGGGACAACAGAGGACCCUCUAAUGUCCUCACCACCAUCUUAUGACAGUGUGACGAGGGCGGCCAGUGACCAGCAUGAGGUUUUCAGAACAAUACCCAGAGACUCUGAACUUGGAGAUCCUGGUGAAAACUAUGAGGAAACGUUUCUUUGAGACUCAUCUGUGUGGAGAAUGUUUGUGUGUUUUUUGUCUGUUUUGUUUACAGCACAGAACAACUCAUGGUCAAAGAGAUGAACUUUUUUUUAUAUAUGUUAGCACAUUCUAAAAUAUUAUGCAAUAUUUUUUACAGACCUCAAAGCCUCUGUUUAAAUUUAACAACCCAGAAUUCAAUUUUGUUAUGUCAUGUCCAUGAGAAGGGAAUUUCUCUUGCACAUUUUCCUCUCAUCUUAGAAAUUCAAAAUUGGUAGGUAGUUUAUCAUAGUAAGAUUUUUUUGGAAGUGACAUAAUAAUGUUAGGAAUGUUUUUCAGAAGUCAUAAAACUGUACAACAUACAUAGGCCAGUCGAUUAACCACUCAGAGCAAUGUUAAUUUAUGUUUGCCAAGUAGCUUGCUAGCAGGCUAGCUAAUUAGCUACUAUAGAUUAUUUUUACAACAUUGAUAUUAGGUUAUAUGAAUAAAUCCUGAGCACCAGACAAGUGAAAUCUGAACCAAGAGGAAAACAAUCCCGUCAAGGAAGACAAAAGGAUAAAGGGACAAAUAUAAUCUGUCAAGCUAACUAAUAAAGCGGCUAAUGAACAUGUAUUAAGCUAAAAACAACAUUCUUGUAGGGUACAUCAUUUCAGAGUUGGUAAGAAUAUAUUGUUAAAGUAUUUGGAACAAAAAAUAUUCAUGAGAAAAUCAAUGUCUUUGAUGAAAUGUUCCUGAUCCUUCUCACAUCUUUUACAAGUACAAAUGAACCUCUUCAUGUUUGAAAAGUGAUACAAAUCCCACUCGACCAUUGUGCUGAGGUUUUGAAACACAUUGACAGGAGUGCGGCUCUCUGGUGUGCCAACAAACUAAUCUAAAAGCCGGUUAAAAAACAUGAACAGUACACAAAUUCCUACCAAACGUUUCUCAAUUAGCUUCUAUAAUGUAGCUAGCUAGGCUAUAUCAGCUUUUACUAAUAUGAUCAACAUUAGCAAAGCCUAACUUUGCUAACACAUUUUCUUUUUUUAAUUGUAACAUUUGGAAAGUAAAGGACAAAUAAAUUAUCAGCUGAAAUCACUAAUUGAUAUAGAUAUAGUGAUGACUGUGUGUACUAAUAAUCCCUGAAUUAUGUGCCUGAUGUUGACUGUUGUUCGCACACUUCUCUGAAUCUCUUUCGACCAGAUGAUUUGAAAUGACUGAUGUGGAUUGGAAAAGCAUGAAUGCACCGUGAGUACAUUUUGUAAUUAACUUUGUAAAGAAUUUUGAGGCUGUGUAAUGUACUUAAAGCUCAUUUUUACCUAUUUUUUUGUAAUGUAUUUAUAUUUGAAAGAUAGUAUCUGUGACUCACAGCCAUAAAAGGAUAUGAUCAACAACAUAUAAAUAGACUAUGUCAAAGUUUUAUAUGAAAGACGACCCUCAAGAAUCUUAUUGUCUGUACUGCAUUUAUGUUGAUCAUUUCAUGGAUUGUUUUAUGAAAAGGUAAUAAAACUCUUUUCCAUAUAAUUAAGUUUUAUGUUAACUCUUACUACUGUUCAAAUGUUUGAUUGAAAUUACAAGAUUUAGCGAGACUAUAAAGCAUUAAAACAUUUUAAUUACAUGAUUUUACAGUGUUAAAUAUGCUUAACUCAAAUGAAAAACUACAGCUUUAAUCUAAACUGCAGUGUUUUUCUAUUUUCACAUGAGGAACCAGUUCGCUGAUUUGACCUCAUUACAUGGCAGGGCACUGUUAAAUCUCUCCAUGUGUAUAAAAAAAACAGGACAGAUGUGCAAACCUCUACAUCGCUGUGGUUCUCUGUCCCUGUGAGUGAAUUGCCCUUUAAAGCUUGAAUUUGUUUAUAAUUCCUCCACAAAUGCAGCACAAUCACAUAAAACCUACCAACAAUGUGGCCAAAAUGAUCCAUGCUGAUUACAUUUUUUAAUUUUAAUAUGUUCGAGAGCAGAGAAUCACAGAACCAUCGUGAAAAACCCUUAUACACACAUACAUACAUAAAACCUCAGAAAAUUGAUCCU